UCUGACAGUCCCCGUCUCUUCCGAGCACUCCCGAGAAUCGCACAGACAAAAAAAUAUAAGCGUCAACGAGACACACACCGGUCAAAAAAGUUUUCAACAUUAUUACUUAAUUAAAAUAUAUAUAUUAAUUAAUUAAUAAUUAUUCAAACAAAAAAUCUAUUGUCAAUAUAACAAAGUAAUUCAUUGACAGUUAAAUUGAAUAUUAUUAUUUAUUUUAUUUUUUUUGCUUAAUAACGGAUAAAUUAUAUCAACGUCAUUCAUUUUUUUUUUCUUUUCGAUAUUAUAUAAUUAAUAUUUGUUUAAGUGAUUAAUUAAAAUGGCUGGUGAAAAACGUAGUCAAGAUUAUGAAGACGCUCGUGAUGAAAAAAUAAUAAUCGUCGACAUUGAAGGAACAACGACAAGCAUAAGCUUUGUAAAGGACACACUUUUUCCUUAUGUUCGUAACAAUUUGAAAGAUUACAUUGAGAAAAAUUGGGAGAAUGCAGAGUUCAAGGAAGAUGUCAAAAAACUCAAGGAAAUGGCAACUAAAGAUGAGGCUGAUAAAAUUGAAGGUUUUGUACCAAUAACUGAUUCAACAACUGAUGAAGAAAAAGAAUCAUUGAUGAAAAAUAUUUUAUGGCAAAUGGAUAAUGAUCGUAAAUCUGGUGGUUUAAAACAAUUGCAAGGUCACAUGUGGCGUGAUGCAUACAAGUCUGGUGCUGUCAAGGGCCAUGUCUAUGAAGAUGUACCAAAGUCACUUGAAGCAUGGACAAAGGACAAUCGUAAAAUUUAUGUUUAUUCAAGUGGCAGUGUUGAAGCACAAAAAUUGUUAUUUGAAAAUACUGAAAAUGGUAGUCUUUUAAAAUAUUUUACUGAUUAUUAUGAUACUGAAAUUGGUGAAAAACAACAAACAUCAAGUUAUAAAAAUAUAUUGACAAAAAUUGAUACUGAAGGAAAAAAUGUAUUAUUUUUAACUGACGUUACUAAAGAAGCACAAGCAGCUAUUGAUGCUGGCAUGUCAUCAAUUAUUGUUAUUCGUGAAGGUAAUGCUGAGCUUACAAGUGAAGAAAAAAAUAAAUUUACAACAAUUAAAUCAUUUGAUGAUUUGUCAUUUAAAACAUCAGCUAAAAGAGUAAAAAUUGAUGAUACAAUAGAAGUUGAAAAAAAUGAUACUAAAGUUGUUACUGAUGAAGCUAAAAAAACAGAUAAAGUUGAAACAAAAACAACAACAACAACGACUGAUGUAGAAAUGAAAGAUGUUAGUACAUCAAAUGUUGAAAAAAAUGAAAAUAAAGAAGAUGACAAACCAAAAGAAGAACCAAUGCAAGUUGAAACUGAAAUAACAAAAGUUGAUGAUGAUGUUGUUACAAAAAAAGAAGAAGAAAAAGAAGUUAAAAAAAAUGAUACAUCAGUUGUUAAAAAUGACACAUCAGUUGUUAAAACUGAUGAAAAAAUUGAAAAAAAAAAUGAUAAAAUUGAAGAACCAGUUGUUAAAGCUUCAACAAGUGAAGUUAAAAGUAUUGAAAAAGAAACAACAACAACAACAACAACGCCAACAAAAAAAAUUACAACUGAAGAAACAACAAAAAAAGAUACUGUUGUUGUUGAUGAUGAUAAAAAAAUUGAUGAAAAUACUCAAGUACAAAAAAAAAGUGAAACAACAAGUCAAAAAUCAACUGAAGAAAAUAAGUCUGAUAAAAUUGAAAAGACAAAUGAAAAAAUAAUUGUAGAAGCUGAAGAAACAAAAACAAAAACUGAAAUUGAAGUUAAAAAAAUUGAAGUUGAAAAAACAAAUAAUGACACAACAGUAAAGACUGUUGAAACAACAAAAACAGAAGAAACAAAUGACAAAAAAGACAAAAAAGAUGAUGACAUUGUUGAAAAAGUUAAAAAUACUGAUGAAAAAAUUUCUGAUAAACCAAUUACAGAAGAAGUUAAACAAAAUGGUGAUUCUAAAAAAUCAACAGAUAAAAAUGAAACUACCACCACCACCACCACCACCACAACAACACCAACAGUCACAGUAACAGAAACAAAAGUACCAGAAACAACAAAAGUAACAAAUGGCCAAAAAACUGAAUUAAAUGGUGAUUCAAAAAAAGUAGAACUAAUUGAAAAAAAAGAAACAGAAGUUAAAGUUGCAUCUGUAAAUAAUGAAACAACAUCAACAACAACAACAAAAACUGAUGAUGAACCAGCUAAAAUUGAAUCAGCCAAAAAAGAAGAAGAUGAAAAACCUAAAAAUGAUGAUGAAAAACAACGUGUUAAUGGUAAUACUGAUGAUAAAAAUGAUAAAACUCAUCAAAAUGGUGUUAAUGAAGAAAAAUCAAAGAAUGGUGAAAGUUCAACAGAUACCGAAACAUUCAAGGUAAAAAAAGUCGUUGAAAUUAUUGCUGAUGGUGCUGGUGAAGCUGAAGUAGCACCACCAGUUGCCGUUGUUGCCGCGACGUCCUAAUAAUCUCAAUAAUAAUUUUACCAUCAAACAUACACAAAUAAAUAUUUAAAAAGAAAAAAAAAAAAAAAA